CGGUUGAGCAGCACGUCGGAACGAGAGCGCGAGACUCAGAAAAUCGCAUCGCAAGCUAGGAAGAGUUCAAAGCGAGCCGCACCCCGUUUUAACCCCGUUAUCUGCAAUCGUCAGGUGGCCCCGAAACGGUCCUUCGCCGUCCAGCAGACUCCCGGAAGGAUCGACGACGCGGUGUGGUCUAGAAGUUUGCUUAUCGCGAGCGCGCCACCGUUUAUAAGAGCCCCGAUCGCGCGGCCGGCCGGAACCAUUAUUCAGCAAUCCGUCGUGUGAAACGCCCAGCGAGCGCGCUGCCGUGGUGAAGAAACCGUGAAAUCGUGGUCACAAAUUAAACCUGUUCUGUGUUCGUGUCCUCUUUGUGUGUGCGUCCCUGUGUCCCGUGAUCCUGUGGUCCGCAACGAAGCUAUCGAUUCCCAAGUCCCGCGUUUUGUGAAGCAUUCCCGGUGCCGUUGAAAAUGGAGAACAAGAACGAGAAUGGCCAGCAGCAGCCGAUAGGUGAAGGCAAGGAGGUUCGCGUUUGGUGCGAUGGCUGCUACGAUAUGGUGCAUUUCGGACACGCCAACUCCCUGCGACAGGCGAAGGCACUCGGACACAAGCUGAUCGUAGGAAUUCACAACGAUGCCGACAUCACGAGAAACAAAGGACCACCGGUGUUCACGCAAGAGGAACGAUAUAAAAUGGUGCGAGGUAUCAAAUGGGUUGACGAGGUUGUCGAAGAUGCCCCGUACGUUACGACACUCGAAACACUGGACAAAUAUGACUGUGAUUUUUGCGUACAUGGUGAUGACAUCACGCUAACCGCGGAUGGUGUGGAUACAUAUCAUCUAGUGAAGAAGGCUUUGCGGUACAAGGAAGUGUCGAGAACGGCUGGAGUCUCCACAACGGAUCUGGUCGGACGGAUGUUGCUCCUUACUAAAAAUCAUUUUAAACAAGGUGAACAGGAGUAUGAGGUUGAGAAAGAUGAUGCUCUGCCGUGCUACACUAACGGUAUACCACUCCACAAACCUUUGCUUAUUCAAAUACCCUCGCAUGCGCCUGCCUGCCGUUAUUCACGAUCUUCACAACUUGGUCAAGACCAUACGGCACGCAGCCCCUGGACCGGUUGCUCGCAGUUCCUGCCCACCACGCAAAAGAUCAUCCAGUUCAGUGACGGCAAGCCACCGAAGCCGACGGAUCGCAUCGUUUACGUGGCCGGUGCGUUCGAUCUGUUCCACGUUGGCCAUCUGGACUUCCUGGAGAAGGCUCGUAGUUACGGAGAUUAUCUGAUCGUUGGGCUGCACACCGAUCCCGUUGUCAAUCAGUACAAGGGUGGCAACUACCCGAUUAUGAACCUACAUGAGCGCGUGCUAAGUGUGCUGGCAUGCAAAUACGUUAAUGAGGUAGUCAUCGGUGCACCGUACUCGGUGACGGCCGACUUAAUGGAACACUUUAAUGUCGGGCUGGUGUGCCAUGGGCAGACGCAUAUUGCGCUAGACGUAGGCAACAUCGAUCCGUACGCCAUACCCAAGCAGAUGGGGAAGUUUAUGCUGAUCGACUCAGGAAACACCAUCACGACCGAGGACAUCGUCGAUCGUAUCAUUCGCCAUAGAUUGGAGUUUGAGACUCGCAACCAGAAGAAGGAGAAAAAAGAGAUAGAGGUGUACGAAGCGAUGCAAAAGGUGAAACUUGCGCAAAAGUCUGGUUGACCAGCGGAAGACGAUGAUGACGCCGAGUAGUAGUGGAUAGCAAACCAUCCCAUCUUGUGUGAAGCAUCAGAUGAGCAUCAUUCCUUUGCAGUUUUUUUUUUGUUUUUAAUUAUUAAUCUUGUCUCCAGAGAGGAAGCGCUGUAUUUAAACGGCAAAUAGUAGAGCCAGGUCGUGGUAACGAUAUGAUUGUGUGUUAUACAAAUGAUUUUUUUUUGUUCUUCCGUUGUUAUAAUUUUAUCAUUCAGCUUUCCUUUUUUCCCGAUUUUGUUUUCAUCGGUGUAUAGGAGAAGCAGGAUUGUGUUUCAUUUUUAGAAACCAUAGUUUGCCAAUUUUAACCCGCGAUAUGAUUAAGGAUGCAUGUGUUGGUGUGCGUGUAUGUGUGUGCUAUUUUGUAGGACAAGCAUAGAAUGGCAGUUUGUGAGAAUCUCUAAGUGCUCCGAAGAUUGUUACACUUUAUUUGCCUAUUUUAACAUGAUUAGUAGUUUAUUUGGAGAAACAACCGUUUAGCGACAUACAACAUAAGCUAGAACAAAUUAAACAGACCGUGCUCUUAUUAGAGUUAAGGUCUACCUACCUUUGGCCAAUCAAGAGAAAAGCUCGAUGUAGCCCGUUAGAUCAGCGAUAGAGGAAGAAGUGAUCAAGGAUGCUUCAUGGAGGCUAAACAAUAAGCUAGUGAGUGUUUUGCAGGUAUAAUAGCAUAAUAGGAAAUUACAAGCCGCAGCAACAGCAUAAGAUCGUGAUUAAAGCAGCAGGAAGAAGUUAAUUAGGCGCUUUGCUGGUCGAAAAAUUCGUUACGUAUGUUCGUGCAACGUUCGUUCAUGGGUCCGGUGGUGUUACAUGGAAGCAAAUUCCUACAUUUUACCUACUUAAUCUCUUAAAAAUCUAUCUUAAAAAUGAAACAACUGGAUUUUUCCCUAGUGGUGUAUAUAUUCUUUCCUAUGCCUUUCUUCGCUUAUCUAGAAAUAUAAAUCCUAAUGUUUCUGCUCUAUUGUAAAUAGCAACCCAAUAGAAAAAAAAACCUUCGAGCAAUGCUCAGUAAAAUACACGCCACACGCCGGGGGCCGACGGAAUGCAAAAAGAUCCUAUAAAUUAACACCAGGAUUUCCCGGAAGAACGAGGCGACAAUACGUUAAAUGGUACUGCAGUGGCUAGGCAAUUAUAGUGUGUAUCUGCUAUCGCUACGUUGAAGCAUUUCACAGUAGCGGUGUAAACCAAAUAAAAUAUCACAUUCUGUGUGUAAGGGAUA